UUAUUAUUAUUAUUAUUACUAUUACCAUUUCUAUUACUAUUACAUCAUAUUUAAAUCAUAAAUAACAUGGUAAAUAUUCAAUGUUUUAUACAAACAAUACAUUUAAAUUAUUUUAUUUAUAUAGUAUUAAUUCUAUUAUAUUCAAUAUGUUAUAUUCAAUGUGAAAAUACUAAUAAAUUAAAACAUUAUGAAUUUGAUAAUGAUUUUAAUGAUUUAACAGAAACUACACCACAAAAUCUUCAAUUAAUUCGAAUGAAAAAAGGAAUAGACAAUUCCAAUGAUAAUCAUAUUGACAUUGAACAUAAUAUUGAAACUUUAAAAGAUCAUUUUAAUCGUUUAAACAAAGUAAAUUAUAAUGAUCAUGAUGAUAAUGAUCAUGAUAAUAAUAAUAAUAAUAAUAAAUUAACUAAUCAUGAUGAAGUGAAUCUAUUAAAAUCUUUAUCAAAUUAUAAUGAUAAACCAAAUGAACAAAGUACAACAUUUACAUUUAUUGAAAUGAUUGUACAACGUACAGUAAAUAAAUAUAUGAAUGUAAUACGUACAAGAUCUGAUUGGUUGAAACGAUUAUUACAAUUAGUUAAAGAAGAAAGAGAUAUACGUUCAAGAUAUAAUUGUUUUACAGAUGCAUGCAUUUAUAAAAUUCAAUUAUUUACAACACAACUUAAAGCUCAUCUUCUUAGAAAUACAGUUCAUUUAGAACCAAUUCAGCAUAAAAAUCAUAGAAAUAUAGAUUUACAUUUGAAACGAAUGAAAAGAUCAAUACCAGAAUCAUCAGUAUUUUCAACAUCAUUUGGUAUUAAUGAUUCAACUAUUGAAAUUUUAAAUGAUGGUUCAGAAAUACAAGAUUUAUUAUUUCUACAUGAUGAUGUUACAGAAGAUGAUGCUUUACGAUUACCAGAUGAAGUAAAUAAAUUAAAUUUAAUAAGACAUCGUGAAGAUGAGGAUUCUAUGACAAAUAGGACAAAUAAUAAUGAUAGUAAACAUAAAUCAAUCAAAUUUGAUAAUCCUGAUAAAAUUGAUGUGGCUAGAUUUAGUCAAGAAUUGACUGGAGAUGUUUUAUCUAAGCAUAUAAAAAGUCAAACAGUUACAGCAUCUAUUUUCACUGACAUGACAGAGGGCAAUUCAAUGAAUAUUGCUACAAAUGUUAAUGAUAAUAAUAAUAAUAAUAAUAAUAAUAAUAAUAAUAAUGACGUCAGUAGUAGUGUAACAACACCGUUUAUACCUAUUCAACAGUUACAUAUAUCAAUGGAUAACCAAUCAAAUUUGUUAAUAGACAGUGAGCCAAAUCUAUAUUCAGAUAAUUCAGUGAAUAAUGAGGAUAAUAAUCUUAUUGAAGUUAAUCACAAAAAUCAUGAUGAAGAAUUACCUAUAAGUAUGACUGAAAAAGUUUCAAAUCUUUUGUUAGAUGAAUCAAAUGAUCAGAAAAAUACUUUGAAUGAUGAUGAAAAAGAGAGAAAACAAGUAGAAGAUUUAGUCAAUAGUACAGUAUUCAUAGAAGAUGAAAAUAAUAUUCAUGCAUCAUCCUUUUCUACAUCUUACACUGAGCAACCAACAUUAUCAUCACCAACUGAAACAAUUGCAUUAACAACUAGUUUGCCCAUUUCAUUGGAUAAUCUAUUAUCUACACCGAAUUCAAUAGAUUUUACAACUGAUGAAUUAUUCGACCAGAUGAAUACAACAUCAUCAUUAUCACCAUUAACCACAUCAACAAUAACAACUACAACAACAACAACAACCGAUAACGAUCAUUCAGAAGUAUAUCAACAUUCAAUGAAACCAUCAUUAAAUAUUAGAGCUAUUUCAUUAACUGUUGAAGAAACAUUAGCUAUACCAUUUGGUUUGAAUAAAUUCGAUGGACGACCAUAUGAGAAUUGUACUGGACAAUAUGAAAAUUAUUGUUAUAAUGCAAUAAAAUGUGUUUAUAUUAGUGUAUUAGAAACAGCUGCUUGUUAUUGUAGGACUGGUUACACAGGUGUUCGUUGUGAUAUGUUCAAUUUACCACAAACAUUGGAUAUACUGAAAUCUUUUCGUGAAGAAAGUAUUGAUAUCAAUUCACUUCAUCAGCCAACAGCAUACAUCUUGCAUAAUGUGAUUGAAGCAACAGCGUAAGUUCAUAUUAAAAUAGAAUAUAUGUGACAAAUAAAAUUAUUUAAUAAUGCUAUGAAUAUAAUAAAACUGUCAAGUUUACUUAAACCUUGGAACUAACAAUAUAACAAUAGAGAACUUCGUUUCAACUGUUUGUACAAUACAGGCAACUCGAAAAAAAGCAUUAAGUUCAUGAUAUAAAUGUGCUUUGAAUGCAAGUAAAAAAUUGUAUGAAAACAAGGAAAUAUCAUGAACUAACUUCCAUUAGUGAGUCAUUGAAGAACCAGAUAGAACUGGAUAGUAUUUCUACUUGUACAACUGCGCACCGAAAUAGAUAUACUCCAUACAAAUAAGGAAAUAAAAUUGUGAAGAGAUAGAGGAAGAAGUGGAAGUGUUAUAACUUGUGACCUGUGUGCCCUGUUAAUGCAUAACGUAAUGAUACUGCCAAUUAGAGAGCAGUGAAUAAUCGAUCAGACCAACGACGCAUAAAACCCGUGCGAGCAGUCUAGAGUCCUGAUUGGUCCUGCUUACUGCCUAGCCCAGCCAGUUAAGUCCAGAACACCAAUCUCAGCUUCUGCAAUAUGAAUCAUUUACUUCAAACAUACUCGGUCUAUAUACCAAUCAAACAGACCACAUCGUACAACAAAAUAGGAAACAACAUUUACACAAGAUUUGGCCAAAUGUGGCUAUGAACGUGGGAGGUAAUGAUUAAUAGACAGGGCAUAAUUCAAGAAUGGUAAAUCGUAAAAUAAUAGUUCAUAGGUCAAAAUAAAGCUUAUAAUAAGAGGGGCAUGAAUAUGAACAGUUGAGUUAUUUAACAAUUAUACAAUAAAGAUAUACGUAUAGUAUUGGUCCAUAAAUGGAUUCCAAAGUUACCAUUCGUUAUACUUAUCGGGACAUAACAGGAAUUAUGGUCAAAAGCAAAUAACUUAAUACAAAUAAAUGAAUGAGAGCAGUAUGUAAUGGGAGAGACGGUUCGACUAGAAAAAAUACAACUAGAAAGAAUCCUUUGAGUUAAAGAACUUCCCAACUUAAUGGAGUGAAAUAAUGAUAUAUCUUGCAACCUAUAGGCCUAAACUGUCUUCUUAGCCGGUUCAGAUGACCCUAACUGCUUUUACAUGUCAACUGGAAAAUUAAAAAGAGGGGUGACUUGCGAGUGGAAGCUUUACUCCAAGGUUAGUCUAUGUACAGAAAAAAAGAGAGUAUUUAUGGAGUUAUACAUGAACAUGGGCUUUUGGAAAUUUCCAGAAUCAUACUUAAUAUGGUAGCAGUAUAGGCACAUAUUCACGCAAAACCAUGGAAAGUGAUUCUGAGUUUUCUAGAUGUUUCUGCGAAGCUUUUAUUAAUAAAACGUUUUCUGGCCCUCUAAAACCUCUGAUAAGGGAUACUUCGAGACUUCUUCAACGAAGAAUAUUACAUUACGAUCGCAAAUGGUUUUUAUUCCGAUCCAUGUCUGAUAACGUUUUAAACAACUGAGUUGCAGUAUCUCUCGGACUUUAACCAAGGAUUCACGAUAGACCAACAAAUGCCAGUCCUGUACAGCUUCCAUACCACAGGAUCAUGAAUGACUUCUCCGCUUUUUUCAACCAGAUCCAGGAUCGACAAAUAAAGUAAUAUGUGAAAGUUGCUGGGACGACUUUGUAGCACAUCUAAUGACAUCAGUGAUAAUUACCUUAAUGUUUAUCUAGUUGAAAUGUGUGCGAUGAAGCUUCUCUUCGAAAUGAAAAAUCAGUUCACAAACAUAUCCAAUUAUUAUAGAGAUUUUUAGCUUGAGUAUUAUUGGUUUUCAUUGAAAGUCAAAAUUUAACCUUCACAAUAUCGUCCAACAAAACAAUCAAAACUCUGGAAUUAAACUAUUCACCUGGUAUAGGAUGAAUGCUUAUAACUUUCUCCUUCACAACAUCAUGAACGUACUGUAAUUAAAUUCUAAGUUUACUUGGAAAGUAACACGUUUAAAAUUAGUCACAGUACGUGCCCUAAUUGUAGUGAACAAGAACACGAGUGGAGACAAUCGGAUGUAUUUGACACGAAAUUACAGAGCAUCUCAAUAAAAUCUGAGAACCAUAUAGUAAAUAGUUAAUUUGCAAAAUAUCAAUCCAUCAUAUCAAACUGGACUGUUCCUGUUGCAAACAUCAAUCUACUGUCUCAGAUUUCCUUGUUUAUGAGUUUUCAUACCAAUUGCGUUCCGUUCCCGUUCUUUCCUUAUCGACCUUCUACUGAAAUACAUUCUAUGCCUGACCACCACUAUAUACUACUUGUGUAGAUAUAAGUAACCCACACCACGUAAUGACUUGGAGAAUAAUCUAUUCAGCGUAAUAAGAUUUCAUAAAAGUUUACUAUAGUUACAUAAAGCUGUAAGUUACAUGAAAUACUACAGAAAAAAAAUAAUUACGUGGAUUUUAAUUCUAGUUUUACUGAUUAAAUCAGCUGUAAUAAUGAGAGUAUAUAUUUUUGUUAAAUUGAAUAAUUUGGAUUCAAAUUCCAAUUAGUACGUGUUAGACAAUUUAGGAAUUUACCAUGGC